GCUACGUCCCUGCACGCGAGCACACGUACACACGCACGCACACGCUCCCGCUGGAGAGACUGUCCUGUCAAAGCCAUUAUCACUCGGACAACUUCAACUUUGUUCUUUUAGGAACCACCUCCAAAGUCUAUCCACUUUAGAGAUGGUUCCACGGCGAGACCGCAGAACCAUUUGCAGCUGGACUCGGACCUAUUUCUGAGCUGAUGUCGACAAAGCCAAAGCGAGGGAAACCAGUGACUUGACUGCAGUCCAACUGGCGAGACUUCUUCUUCUCAGGGACACAACUGCACAGUGUUUUGGGCGAUUUAUGAGCGUCUCAUUCUGCCAACUCUGCAAAAACAAUGACCAGCAAAGAGUGGGAUGGAUUAUGGCUUGCACAUGAUAAACAUAGAUAAUGUUCCAGUUACUCGCCUCAACUUCGUAGUCGUUUAGAUUACAUGCUUCCGAGAUCUUGGAGAACCUGCUUGGGGCUUUUCUAAGGUCCAUACUUUGCAGUUGAGUCGAGGUACUACUUGGGUAUAAAGUAUUUCCGUACUAUAUUAUUUUCAGUAUUAAGCAUCGUGAACAUGAAUCUUCAAGAAAAGCUCUCAGGCCUAAAAGGUCUGGUUACGCACUCUCACAGCAAGCGUCGCUUUAAAGGUGACCUCACGGCGGACAUGAUCAGCCCCCCUCUGGGCGACUUUCGCCACACCAUGCACGUUGGCCGCGGCGGCGACGUGUUUGGGGACACGUCUUUCCUCAGCAACCAUGGCGGCUCAGCCAAUGGGGGAAAUGGAGAAACGAAUUCUCCGUCCGCACCGGACAACAAGCUCGGAGCGUUUUUUUCCAGGAAACUGCAACAAAUCCGGAGGGGCUCUGAUAACCGACCCAGGGAGGGACCCAAGGAUGCGUCGCUGCCGCCGCCGGCCAUUUCUCCAAUCAUCAAGAAUGCCGUCUCGCUCCCUAGGCUGGACGUGGACAUCUACAACGGGAGUCCCACCACCAAGGUGCUCUUUCCCAGUUCUCACAGCACGCCGGGGGAGAGGAAAAGUUCUUAUGGUUUGGAGUCUGGCUUCGUGACGCUUCCUCGUCUGUCCCGCUCCGAGCGCCAGCAGCCCUCCAUCUCCAGCCCCGCCCCUUACUCCUCCGACGUUCACCGCGGCUCUCUGACCGACCCCACCGACGCCAUCUUAUCCACCUGCUCGACCUCCGACCCCAAAUCCGCCGCCUACUCCACCUCCCUCUCCUCCCUGGACACCUUUAACUUUGACCUGGGCCCCUCCCUCAUGAGCGAGGUUUUCGGCUUACUCGACGGCCACCCCGAGGGAGACGGCCCAUCCUGGGAGAGAGAGGACAUGGGGUCGGCGUGGGGGCUCACCAACGAGGGAUCGGAGAUGGACUCGGCUACCAUCUCCUACGUGGACUCCCUGCUGAGAGAGGACUGUGCGAGCGGGAAGAGUCCGCACGCCGCCGAAUGGGAUGACGACGACGUGGAGGCGAACGGAACGGUGACGAGACUAGCGGAUACGCCGAGUGGAGGGUCGCCUGAGCGAGCCGUGCCGGGCGUGAGAAUGGAGAGCGAGCGCUUCCAGAGUGCCGCCGAUGUGCUCGCACGCCAUUAUGGAGGUCACGGCCUCUGGAAGGGACACGGCAGGAUGGAGGCGGCUGAUGCAGAGAUGAGGGGCGUCGGGCGGCUGAAGAAGAACGUGAGCAGAAGCUACGCCGAGGAUGAAGAUGAUGAAAUCAAAGUCUAAACAGGAUUGCAAUCCGACCAAUCAUCAACCUGGACGAUGACGUGACACUCAGGCUUCAAACUUGUUGCCUGGUAACCGGAGUCCUCAUUUUUAAGGUGGAACCCGCUUAUGUCAACAACCCUUGUUUUGUGCCCGCAUCAGUCGAUGUCAACGUUUGAAACCCUAAGUGCUCGUUUCUAUGAAACCUGUUGGGGUUACGUCAUCAUUGUUGCUAACAACGUCCGCUACUAGUCUGUGAUGUAUUGUGACAUCGAUAAUGAUGUCCCUUUCCUUCGGAGAAGAUCCUUGCACAUGUUCAGAGACGCCAUCUUGAUCCUUUAUGAUGGUCGCCACGUAUCAGCAUCUCGGACCGGGCAUGCGGCCAUUGUUGAUUUCUCCACAAUUUCACUCUUAUGCACCACACUAGGACCACCUGUGAUGUCUAUUUGAAAAUUGACUUCCUGUUCAGUGCAAAAUUAGGGCAGCAAGUGUAUAAAGACAUUCGCCUUUUAUUAGCAUUUACACAAGACACAACUCCUCCUCUCCCUUGGACCGGGUCUAACUAGCAAGCCGAUUUUGGUUUCGGCCAAAAGGGUUGUCAACCAGCGGGUUCCACUCGAUUUACGCACGCUGCAAGAACGCUUCCGCUGAGGAUGAAGCAAGAGAGGAAACACUAAAGUUACUCAAAGUACAAGUGCUGCCAUUCACUUUAUACUUCCUCCUGUAUAGAAGAGGAUGUCAGUGUAAAGCGGCUUCCUUUAAAGCCACUCCUGGUUCCAGGCCGUCACUUUUAAUCAGCCAUACGCUUGAUAAUAAUCCUAUUAUGAUAUGACUGAUAACUCAAGGCUGAACUAUGUUAUCCUUCCUUUCAUGCUGCAGACAUUUUUAAUAGAAAUACUCCGUGCACCUUUAAUGAAGAGUAAUUCUGAUUCCUGUAUUUUUUUUUAACAAUCAUAAUCCCUAUGCUGUUUCCUUCCUACACAAAAUGUACAUGCAAAUAUGAAUAUGUACCUGCUAUAGCACCUUCCGUCCAAGUUGUAUACGUCAUGUUACACGUGCAGCUCAAUAAAUUCAAAUAUGCUGCAAAGGUUACGUGAUUUCUGGAGAUCCAUUUUUCAGGUUUUUGCAGAUGAGUUCCAGUUCUUCAUAAUAUUCCAUAUUUUCUCUAUUGCUCACAUUUUAUGAGAUGCAGAAUUUGGGGUUUUAUAUAAUGAGAUCAAUUAAGGGAUAAAAGUACAAAAUAGUCAUAAUUAUGAGAUUUAUUUAUUUAGA